GACCAUUCAACUGUUGAAACUUUUGAAAACUGAGACGCAAUUGGUGGUCGACAAAAUCCAUUGAGAAAAUAAAAAAACGCGCAGCAGAAGCCGUUCGACUUCUGAGGCACGUUCAAUUACUUCCAGGUUUUUGGCACUUGAAAACCAAAACCUUUGGCUUCUGAGACAGUUGAAAACUGAGGUUCCACUGUAAUUUAAAACAAGUGUUGUUGAGAUAUUUCAUUCCAAAUCUGCUAGACGGAGCCACACAGAGGGUGUUGAUAGGUGGGCCUCCUGGCCCCCCAUAAAUCCAGCUACCUGCCCCCCACCCAGUAUAAAUCCUGCCUACUCCCAUGUCCACUUGUGGAGUUUCUGGGUUCACCGCCUUCUUCAUAUGACAAAGCAGAAUCCUUUCAAGGCACUGUGGAGGUGGGAAAAGGCUAACUGUGUCCUGUGGGGGGGAAUUCAAGUCUCCACCCUUUCCAUCAUAUUUUUUUUGGCUUCCUGUGUUAUAAAGAACUUCGUUUUCCAGACAAGCAAAUUUCACUCUCUUUGCCUGCAGAGGUCCUGUGAGAGGUGACAGAGUGAGGGUCCUGCCUGGAGGUGUAAGGGACAAGUUGGGCAAAAACUAUGGCUCUUUUGGAGGUGGUCCCAGUUUUAGUGGCGAUGGUAAGUGAGAAACCCGAAGGAAACGGGUCGUCGAGGCUGGGAGAAAAGAGCUAAGUCCAGUGCUUUUUCUCUUUAAAAAAUGUUUAGAGGUACUCUCAUUUUGACUCAAGAAAAUCUCCAUUUUAUAGUUCAAAUCGGGGAAAAUACAGUAAAUGGACAAAAGUACAAAGAUUCACAAAAUGUUUAGAGGUAUGUGUACCCCUGCGUACCCCCAAGGGAAAAAAGCACUGGCUAAGUCAGUAUUUUUUGUGCAAACAGAAAGGCUCUGUAAACGUUCGCCUUCUGGCUUGUGUGGCGGAUUCCCGAAACUGAGCCAUUCUUGAUGAAAAGUAGUUUGCCUCUAUAUGCUGGGUUUUGUCCCCCCCCCCUUUGCAGAUCAACUUGAACCUCGUUCAAACAGACACAGGGGAACCCCUCAUCCCUGAUGCUAAACCUAUCCCUGCAUCAGUUGUGGAUAAGGAUGCCCUCAUCCACUCCAGUGGUAUACAAAAGAGAGAGCUGAAAUGCUCAGAAGGAUACUAUCGUCACCCGGAUGAAACCCACUGCUGCCUUAAAUGCCCCAGAGGUAUGACAGAAUGUAAAACAGAGUAAUAACUGUUAGUUGUGAUUUCCUGUUUCCGUGUACCCCGAUUCUUAGAAACGUAAAUAAUCCAGUUUGGGGAAAACGUACUCCUCUGGAGUACAGUCGCACCUCGGAAGUCAAAUGGAAUCCGUUCCGGAAGUCCGUUCGACUUCCAAAAUCUUCGGAAACCAAAGCGCGGCUUCCUGCAGCCAAUCAGAAGCCGCGGAAGCCCCAUUGGACGUUUGGCUUCCAAAAAUAGUUCGCAAACCAGAACACUCACUUCCGGGUUUGCAGUGUUUGAGAGCCAAAACCUUCAAGAACUAAGCUGUUUGAAAACCAAGGUACGACUGUAUAUGAAAAUAUGGGAUACACUUGUAAUGAAUGAGUUCUUGCAGCCCUUUUAUCCUAUCUCAGCAGAAAAGUAAAUAGAUCUUACCUAAAGACUAGAUAAAUAUAAAAUUCCAUAUAUAAUUAGGCUUCGUUCAUGCUUUCCCUUGGGUUGUCGAAUGUUUUGGAAGUCGAACAGUCUUCCGGAACGGAUUGCAAUCAACAACCGAGGUUUGACUGUACGGAAACUUUCAUUCUAUGCUCAGCCUUGCAUUUCUUGUCUCACUAAAUGACUUUUUCCUACUUCCUCUUGGAUAAUUAUUUUGCAGGAACUUACAUUGCACAACACUGUUUAAACGCGGAGGAGACAUCUAAGUGCUCAGUAUGCCCUGAGGGUUCCUUCAUGCCUGAAGAUCAUUUCUCUGAAAGGUGUCUCGGAUGCCUUCAGUGCCGUAGAAGUAAGUCUUUUCUCUAGUGUGUGUUCAUGUCUGUGUUUUGGAUAGGAGUAAGCAAAAAGGCCCCUGCAUUUGGAAUGUUGCAUAUGUGUAUUGACUGUAGAUUACCUGUUUCUCGAGCAUUAAUGGCCCAUGUAGAAUUAAACAACUCUUCCUCUCUUUCCUCUUAGCCUUUGGACAAAUAGAAGUCUCCAAAUGCACCAGUGAGAAUGACACAGUUUGCGGUUGUGGCAGUGAUCAAUAUCAAAGUAGCCGCAGUCUUGACUUUAUGUGCAAGAGCUGCAGUGAGUGUCCUGAUGGAAGAAUCCAGCAACCUUGUGAGUGCAAUUAGGACAGAAUCAAUGAGUUAAAAACGUUACUACCUCCCACAAAUUAAUUAAUUCAUACUAGGAACAGGCUCUCUCACCCCUACAGCAAAUGCAAAGCAUUUGUCUUUGUUGCAAGCUGUGUGUGCUGGCAAAAUUGAAUUCCUUCAACUCUCCUUGUCCUAUGAUAGCCAUUCCCCUUAUUUUUAACCCUUCCUCUCCUCUCCAGCUUUAUGUAUUAAUUUUAACGUGAUAUGUCCUUAAGCUCAGCACCCUUAAGGCAGUAUUAAAUUUGAAUGUUGGUGAUGGGGAUGCAUUUAUAUAGUGCCCAAGCUUCCCAGAGUACAAACAAAAAGACAGUGGUGGUCAGUGAUAUUUUGAGGUGGUAGGGCUGCAGUUUUUAACCUCACCAGGAAAGUGUGCUAUUGUAGAGUACCGUUGCCUCCUUACUGAAACACAUCCAUUAUUUUCUGUACAUCUGUGGACAGGGGAAGUGCUAGGGAUGAAAAUUAAAGUUGCUACCAACUCUGGGCCCAACUAAGGGGGAACCAUCACUGAGUUCCCAACAAUCCUUCCCCAUACAUUGAGGCUUCAGCAGACGUCUGUUUUAGUCGGAUCACCACUGAUAACCCACAGAGAGAGAGACAGAUAUCCAAUACAGGUUUUCAUUUUGCUUAGCAGAAAACCAACAAGUAAGCAUUCACACCCUUUCACAGCAAAAGCUCAUGGACUUAACAAACUCGGAAGCAAAGUAAGGGAGUCUCCACUGGUGAAGGAGCAGAUUCAAGGAAUGGUGCUGAGCUCCACUUGUAUGCCUUCUUACCUCACUUCUAAUGACUAUUAAUCUCUCUUAUUAUAACUCUCAACUUAAUGGGUUACUCUUUAAAAGGCAAAAACACCCUGAAGACAUUAAAAUAACUUCUAUACCUUAAAAUCUAACCUAUUAACUCUCUUAAGAGUCUUCUUAAGCAGAGAAUGUUCUCUUAAACAUGCUAUGUCCUUGUUCUGAACACACACCAAAGAUUCCUCCAGCACUUAUUCUGACUACAGGAUGUACUCUUAGCUUGGUACAUAAAACUGACAUCUAGAAACUUACACAAUGCCCCCUUAAUGCCACAUAUGAAGAGCAGCACAUUGUCUACCCCUGGCCUAGAAUUUUGAGUUCUCCUGCUGGCAUUUAAUUCAAGCUUCUCAAACUUUAUAUAUGAACGACGCAGACUCUAACAAAUAAGUGAAACAUCCCAAACCAGAGUAUAUAAAAUGUAGGUUUAAUCAACAUAAACAUUCCUUUGUUCCUACACAAUCCUGGUGCUAAUAUAGCACUAGCGCUUAUGUUGAAUUUUUAAAUGAUAUUUAAAGUUCCAACUUCCAUGUAAGAUAUUCCAAAUAUGGCUUUCAGACAAGACUGACUCCAUAUCUCUCACUUAGAACCCCGCCACAUGACAUACACUUUUGAACUCAAUAACACCUGCUCAUCCAAUGCCAAAGAAACUAAACAACACACAGAAACCUUUAAAAAGUGAGGAACUUGCGCUUCUAAAUGCAUGCGCUUUUCUUCCCCAAACAAAUCCAUGUUCGUUAUCUGAAACACUUCUUCUCUCAACUGAAAGAACAAAAUAUUUCAACCAAUAAGGCAAGAGUAAUUGUUUCAUUUGAGCCAUGGCACAUAAGAGCAUAACAGAAAAACAUAUUUGCAAUUCAUGGUUUUCCCACUGGUUUUCGGGGGUUGGGUAGCUGCUCUUUAGCGCUCAGUGAGCAAUUUCCGAUUGACUUCUCUAAGAUCCGGGACAAAGCGGAAUUGAAAAAACCAAACACCUGGAGAGCACCACAUUUUGUUCCCCUGGGCUAGAAUUUUGAGCUCCCUGCUGCAUUUCAUUGUGGUUUUUUGGGGGUGGGUUUUUUUUAAGGGACACAAUACCUUUUUUCCCCCAGACAAGCUCCAAAAUAUUUAGUUGUGGUAUAUAUAUAAUUUUAUCUGGGGAGAUUUUAGGAGGACUUAACAGUAAUCAAAAUUAGCUAUUUUGUCUACAAAGUUUUGAUUUAGAAAGCCUAAUAAAUUGAAGCAAAAAUUAUAUCAGGAGCUAGUAAUUAUUCUGCAGUUCCAUAAUCUUACUUUAAUAUUAGGAAUGCAAUAAAUUGUCUAUUAUAACAUUAUGAACAAACAGAUGAGCCAUAACAUAACAUGAGGAAUUUUUAACAAAUUCCAAAAUCCAAAGUUGAAAGAAGCUAAAAUCUUCAUUCAGCUGUAAUUUAAAAAAAAAAAACUUUCAGUAUAGAUUGAACAUUAGAAAAUAAUAAUUUUCAAUUAUAUGUGUCAUAAAUAUAGGGGUUGCUCGUGCGUAAGUUGCCGCCACUCCUGGCUAGGUUGCCUUGUUAAACCUUUUCUGUCUGGACAGCCCUUCACUUCGUGGCUGUUUCAGUCGCUAGCAGAAUCCGUCAGUGGGCGUUUCUUAAACCUUUUCCAGCAUAAAAGCUGUUUGACGCCAAGUCUCCUCCUACUCUCCCUGCGCGGAAGUCUUCUGCGAGGGAGGGUGUGGGUAGCGGAGGACCCGUGCUCUCCCCGCUGGUCUCCGGCGAGGAGUCCUGGAGCCCCCUCGCCGAUUCCCCCAUCUGCCCCCCUUUAUCUCUCGUGUUACGCUGAUUUCCUUCGCCAGCUGAUGAGCUGCCUCUCUCCCUGCUGGGCCCUUCUCCAGCAUCGCUUGGGAGCCUUGCCUCCGCCUCUAGCUCCGAUGUCAGUUCCCUGACAAUACGCAACCAUGUCUAUGCAUGUUUACUCAGAGGUAACCCCUACUUUACUCAAUGGAGUUCACCUUCAAGUAAACAUCCAUAGAAUUGCAGUCUUAUCUUGCUUUUUAAAUGCAAAAUGCCGCAUCUUUUCCCUUUGAUAUGUACAGUAACUAUUUGGUGCUUGUUUUCAAUGAUUGAAGUGGUUGAACAGCUCCCUCCUGUGUCACUGUCGGAACAGAUUCCUUUUCUUCUAACCAUUCUGUUAAUUCACCCAUUCUCUUUUCGCCCUGCAGAGGGCACAGUUAAAUGUGUUGACACAGGAGAUCUGUGAUCAGGACCUCCUGCAAUUUCUUCCUAAUGUAACCAGAACACUGGCCCUGAUUCAGAUCAGGAGCAUAGUGCUGGGGAAAGAUGCUGGCUCCUUCUCAUGCCCUCUGAGUCUUCUUCUCCAGAGCUGUUUUCUUGAUUAAAAUCCCAUCUCUGAAGCUCCUGUUUUCCCCAAGAGGAAAAAAUAGGCAGGUAUUGUCUGAGAACCUGUUAUGUCUCCACCUGUAAAUUGGCCCCACAGUUAUCAAUGGGAAAACCACUGCAUAUGGGAAAUGUUGAUCAGAUUUUGCCACCCUACUGCUGUUGCUGAAUUGCCUUUAAAGCCACAAGUGAUCCUGAAUGUGGAACUUCUGCAUCACAUUUAACUUGUCCCCAGAUAAUAAACACUGCUUAGGUGCUACUGUGUUUGAGUGAGAUCCAAAUCACUGAAAUGAAAUAUCUCCUUCUCUCACUUAUCUUUUCUUUCUAGGUACCAAAUUCAGUGACACAGUAUGUGAGAGUGCCUCCAUGGAUUUUUUCUCCCAAAAACAAAUGCUACCCAUGCAGCAGGUGGGGGAAACCUUGUUAUCUGUCUUACCUGCAUAAAAGGUGGGAGUACAUCUUUGUAGAAAAACAGUAUCCUAAUGGUUUAGCCCAGGGUUCAGCAAAUGUUUUCAGCAGGGGGCCGGUCCACUGUCCCUCAGACCUUGUGGGGGGCCGGACUAUAUUUUUUUUGGGGGGGGAAUGAACCAAUCCCUAUGCCCCAUAAAUAACCCUUAGAUGCAUUUUAAAUAAAAGCACACAUUCUACUCAUGUAAAAACACUAGGCAGGCCCCACAAAUAACCCAGAGAUGCAUUUAAAUAAAAGAGCACAUUCUACUCAUGUAAAAACAUGCUGAUUCCCGGACCGUCUACGGGCCGGAUUUAGAAGGCAAUUGGGCCGGAUCCGGCCCCCGGGCCUUAGUUUGCCUACCCAUGGUUUAGCCCUUACUAAGAGCUUAUCCACACUUCCUCUUGUCCUGCUGCCCCCCACCGAACUGUUUUUAGCACUCAAUUGGACGAAUCUUUACUCCCUUUGGGGGGGAAAGGUGGGUAUAAACAAAAUAAAACAAUACGAAUAAUACUUCAGAUGAUGAUAGGAUUCUCAAUCCCAUGUUCAUAAAGCAAUACAGUAGUAUUAAACCAGGCAUACUUCUGGCUGGCACUUGGAGAGCUUUUGAGAGCCUUUGCAGGGGAGAAUCGCCGAGCAGAUGCAAAAGCUUCAGCAUCUUUUCCUCCUGCCUGCCAACCUUCCAUGCUAGGUAAAAGGAGCAAAUAUAGAAGCCAAAUUUGGUAGCUUUACCCAAGGCAGAACUUUGUUAAACCAACCAAAAUGUCACAAAAUAGUGUGCAAGAUCCUGACUUCCCCAAAACACUCCUUUCUCUGAGUAGAGAUUCAAGGGGGCAAUGAAAUAGGAGGAACUAUAAAGGAGCUAUAACGCAGUAUUUAUUUCCUGUGCAACUAAGGCCUACUUUUUCCUUUUCAGUUGCAGUCAGCCAGAUUGCCAGACAGACUGCGACAUCGGGCUCAGAAAAAAAAAUUAUUCAAGUGAGUUCUGGAAUAAUAGGAUGGGAAACCUCAGGCAUGGGGGGUACAGAUCUCCAGGUCUCUCUUAUUUGCCCUUGACUUGCUUCUCUUAUAUCCAGAGCAGGAGAUGAUUUGGGGGGGGUAAAGCCCAGAAUAUCAUUACAUUUUCUUUUUAGUGGAGAAUCAGUAGCCAAUAGGAAAAUUCCCCAUUGCAGGAACUGGUUUACUGGACAGUGUUAUUCACCAUUAAUUAUUUUUGAAUGUUUCCCCACAGAUUCCCUUAUCGGCCUCUUAGUAAAUAGGAACCGAGGAAAGGCUGUAUACCUGGAGCUAUGGAUCUCUGCAAUGGAGAAGAGUUUUCACCCCAUUUGUGGCAUUGUUGAAACCAGCUGUAAAACAUUUCAUUUUAAAAAUAGAAAUAUUUAAAAUAAAACAUUUCACCUUCUGGC